CUCCUUCAAUAUAAAGUUGUUUUUGACGAAAGCUUGUCAGUUUGAAAAUAACUUCUCUAAAUUACUUCACAAACCCCAAACACCGGCCGGGUCUGCUUGGUCUGCUUCGCAAGCGUUCCCGGAAGUAUCGCGAUGUUGCGCCUCUGGGUUUAGAAACUCGGUGGUUUUACUGCCACUCUGAUACCUCUCCUUUGCGCUCUCAAUAUUCCCAUCCCCCCACUUUGUGUGGAUGUCGACGUUACCAAAACGCUACUUAGAGAACCCACCGAAGUAAACCUUGGAGAAAACUGCCAGCACUGAUCAAGGGAAAACAGUGACAACACCGAACUCAGCAUAGAAUUAAAGGCAAGGUGCUCCACGAUAACAAAUUCCCGUUGACAUUUGAUUUGCAUUGCCAUUUCCUCCUCCGCUCCUACACUAGCAUUGCCCCGAGAAUGGCCGGCGGGCACCCCACCGACCAAUUCAGUUUCUUGUACCAACCCGAAAGUGCUCAGAACCUGAAGAGUAAGGGUAGACUGUCUUCCAACAUGAAUCCUGUGUACAGUCCUGUCCAGCCCGGGACACCGUACGGCAACCCUAAGAACAUAGCAUACGCAGGCUAUCCUGCAGGUUAUCCUCAGACUCCUACCUAUACACCCAACCUCUACCAGACUGGCAGCCCAGGCUAUCCCCAAGUGCUGCUGGUGAAGCAGGGCUGGCCCCAGGCCUCCGGUGCUGCAGGGGCCCUAGAGGGCUCCUAUGACCUGGCCAUGGACGCGGGCUCAGAGGGCCGCCAAUACCAGGCCUCAGCCGCAGCUUUCAGAUACACUGCUGGGACACCCUACAAGGUGCCCCCUGGCCAGUCCAAUGGGGCGCCCCCUCCCUACUCCCCAUCCCCUAACCCCUACCAGACGGCCAUGUACCCAAUCAGAAGUGCCUAUCCCCAACAGAACCUCUACGCUCAGGGUGCGUACUACACACAGCCGAUGUAUGCGGCUCAGCCUCACGUUAUCCACCACACAACAGUGGUGCAGCCCAACAGCAUCCCCUCUGCCCUCUACCCUGCCCCCGUCCAACAACCCCGCUCCAACGGCCAUAUGGCCAUGGGCAUGGUAGCCGGCACAACCAUGGCCAUGUCUGCUGGUACUCUGCUGACCACGCCUCAGCAUGCCACUCAGCACAUCGGUGGGCAUCCGGUCACCCUGCCAACGUACCGGCCCCAGGGGACGCCUGGGUAUAGCUAUGUGCCUCCUCACUGGUAGACCCCACUGGACCACACUCAUAUCGGGAGUCAAUAUCACUCACAACAACUCAAGUCUUACAUUGGUGCAGGAGGUCUGGCAUACAAGCACCAAGUCUGUCAGCAAGAACAAAAAACUAAAGUGCAAGGAUCACUUUAUGCAUUCUUUUGUGAUUUGGAAAAGCUGCUUUUUCAUGUUUUUAUUAUUUUUUACCAGCCUCAGAUUUUUUGGAUUUGUUUUUUUGAUUUUGACUCUCUUAUAAUCCAGACACACACUGACCAGCAGUAUGGUACAUUUAUAGUACAUUUGUGCUUCUUUUUUAUGUUUGUGUGUGUGUAUUUUUGUGUUCUGAACACUGGUUCUGACGCAAAGCCAGUCCCUUCAGCCGUGAGAAUGUACACGUCUCUGUAUGCUGCCAAAUUCUAAUGUUGAAAAGAAAAUCAUACUUUUUCAGGCGAG